AUGAGUAACGAACACGAACCUUUGCUUGGAAACCACACAUCUCAAGAGAAUAUCACUUUGUGGUCUUCGCUGAAAGUUACCAUCUAUUCUUCUUACAUUAAUCUUCUUUUGAUCUUUGUGCCUAUCUCUAUCUUUUAUUCACUUAUUCAUGCAUCGGCUACGGUGGUUUUUACAUUGAACUUUAUUGCUAUCAUUCCAUUGGCUAAACUCUUAGGUUUUGCCACGGAAGAAAUAGCGCUUCGAUCUGGUUCGACCAUUGGCGCCUUAUUGAAUGCUACGUUUGGUAAUGCAGUUGAGCUUAUUUUGGGUGUCGUUGCUUUAAAAGAAGGAUUGAUUCGCGUUGUUCAAGCCUCUGUAUUAGGAUCUAUCUUAUCCAACUUAUUGCUCGUCCUUGGUUUUUGUUUCUUUUUGGGUGGCUUAAACAGAACAGAACAAAAGUUCAAUGUCACAGCUGCACAAACUUCCUGUUCUCUUCUGGCCCUCACUACCUUGUCUUUACUUGUGCCUGCGUCCUUCUCUGCUUCUACACCGGAUGAAGAUACAGUCGAAAGUAUUCUCCAAUUGAGUCGUGGCGUGUCUAUCGUUUUAUUGGUCGUCUAUGUCCUCUAUUUACUCUUUCAGCUCAAGACACAUACAUUCUUGUACGAAGAUGAGGCUGAUGACGAAGAAAUGCCUUCGACCACACUUGCCUUUUCAGUGAUUUCACUGUUGGUCCUUGCUUGUGUUGUUUCUGUUCAUGCUGAAUAUCUUGUUGGCGCUAUUGAAGGCGUUGUUGAAAGUUGGGGCAUCAAUCAAACCUUUGUAGGUAUCAUUUUACUGCCUAUUGUUGGAAAUGCUGCUGAACAUGUGAGUGCUGUCACCUUUGCCAUGAAAGACAAGAUGAAUUUGGGUAUUGGUAUUGCUAUUUCUUCUUCCUUGCAGAUUGGCUUGUUAGUCACACCUGUGCUUGUCAUUGCUGGCUGGGCUAUUCAUCAACCAAUGACUUUGUUCUUUGAAGACUUUGAGACCAUCAUUUUGUUUGCUAGUGUGUUGAUUGUUAACUAUUUGAUUCAAGAUGGUCGAUCUAAUUGGUUAGAAGGUGUCUUGUUAUUGUCUUCUUAUGUGAUUAUCAGUAUGGCAUUUUAUUUAUAUCCAUAA